AACAACAACAACAGCAACAACAACUACUGCUACUAAAUACUAAUAGGAAUUUUAAUAAUAUAAUAAAUUUGAAUUUCAUAGAUCCUGAGAUAUUCUUGGUGAUUUAUAUGAUAGAGAAAUAAGGUCUAUUCUGGAGAAGAAGAUUUCAUAACAGGAACAAAAUUUAAAUAAAAAUAACGACAACUUUGAAAAAGUCUAAAAAGAAUCACAAAAAAAUGAGAGUUUAUAACUACGCGAACACUUUAAACAGCAGCAGCAACAACAACAGUAACAACAACAGUAAUGUUAAUAAUAAUAUCAACAACACUAACUACGACAAUAGUUGCCAGACUGGUCCAAUGGUUUCAUCGCGCUUCCUUGCCAAGAAUGACGUCACCGACAUCAACAACUAUGACAACAACAGCCGUGACGUCACUAGCAACAACUACAACAACAGCAGAAACUACAGAAAAAAUCGAAACUGUUUUGUUUACAACAUGACCAAUAGCGGAAGCAACAAUGAAAAUGACUCCAUAGACAUCCUCAACAACAACAAUGACGUAACCAACACCACCAACGACAACGACAAUAAUGACCUCACCACCAACAACAACGACGCAAGCAAUCUAGACUACCUUUAUGAGAAGGCCCAAGGAAUGUCGCAGAAUGCUGAAACCGUAUGCAGUAAUUACUUGAAUUUGUACAACAAAAACAACAACAGCCACGACAACAACAACAAUGUCAGCAAUGACGUCAUUGACAUUAACCAAGACAACGACAACAACAAUAGAAGCAACAACAACAGAUGUAACAACAACAACGACGUCGAGACUAUCAAUAAAGACGCUCAAGAAAUCUCGAAAGUUGUUAUGGAAAAACUUUUUAAAGCCGCACAAACGUUAAAUGCUUGCAACGACGUUACCAAAAACAACAACAUCAUUGUCAACAAUGACAUCAACAACAACAGUAACAGCAACAGCAAUAACAUCAGCAACAACAAGAACAACUUUAACAGCACAAAAGCCCCGUUUAACAAAUGCAAAUUUGUCUAUAAGGACAACAAAGACGACGUCAACAGCGCUAAAAACAACAACAACUACAUCACUAACAACAACAACAACAUUAGCAACAACAACAAACCUCCGCAACAACAACAACAACAGAUCACAACCCGCAAAUGGCCGUAUUCUCCACAAAUUAUUCCGCCAGCCAAGCCCCUGGUUACCGCGAAGCACCCAGGAGCCCGGAGUCGUGCCAUACCGGAUUAUUUGAAUUUCAGGAAAUUUUCCGUUCCUUCCAUCCCAUACGAGACAAAGGUGAGUUUAGAGGAAAGAGCUGUAGACGACCAGGCUGGCAAGAAAGAGCUGGAAGACGCAGCUAACACAGCUAAUAGCGGUAGCUGUGGUCGAGCUAAUGGUAGCUAUUACAGCAACAACAAUAGCAACAAUACUACCAACUGUACCAGCAAAAAUACUACUGGCUAUAGCUACAACAACAGUGUUGAUGAUGGUAAUCAAAAUAGCUGUAGCCGAGAUAAUGGCUACAGCGGAAAUUGUAGCCGUGAUGGUGACAUUCAUGAAAACGCUGAUAGAUCAGUGAAAAUAGAUACUUCAUCCCAAAGACAUGUCUUGAGAGAGGGUGAGGAACUCAGCCUAUGUAGCCGAAAGUCGAUUAGAUACACCGGAAAGACAAAUCCUUCGAAAGUCUUCCGCCUACUUCAAUACGCUACAGGAAGCCUGGACGACAUUUUGGAUAUUCGUCCAAGAGUUAACCGCACUAGAAAACCAAGCGAUGAUGAAGAUGAAGAUGAUGCUGGUAGUAAUGAUAAAACUGGCACUGGUGAUAGUAGUGGUAGUAAACAAGAAGCCGAGGAAGCUACUACAGCCGAUUCUACUGAUCAAGGAUUAGAUGUAUGAGAUGUUAAAAUUUUGAUAAGCAAAUGAAUGCUUUUCGGUGUUAUAUUGCAUAUUUUAUUGAUAAGUGUUUUGUAAUUUAUGGCUAUUUCUUUCAAAAUUAAAAAAAUAUGUUGAAAUUUUUUAUAAAAUCUCUUAUUUAGACAACAUUUAAAUGAUAUAUUUGAUCAUAUUAUUUAAAAAUUCAUCUUUACAUCAAAUUUUUCAGUGAAAAUUUUAAAAAAAUUUCAAAAUUUGUGGCA